AUGACCCAAAGGUGGUGGUACUCAGUUCGGACAUUAACGUUGAUGACACCGAAUCCGAUACUGAUUUAUCCAACUCCCGAAGAAAGAGAAAAGCUAAGAAAGUGGAUGGGAACCGUGAGGUGGACAUACAAUAAAGUUCUUGAGAUGGUGCAGGAAAACGGGAUCACUGACAUGAACGUCAUACGAGAGCUCUACCUGAACAAUAAAUGCUUCAUUGAAGAAUUUUCAUGGGUAAAAGAGACUACGUUCGUACGCGAUCUGACAAUUGAUGAACGCUUACAAAACAUAAUAGAAAUAACUUCUUACUCUAUUGUUAACGGAGGGUCAGGUUUUGGCCUGAAUUUGGAACUUGAACUUUUAUGGGAUACGAUAUGA